AUGCUCCGCCUGGGCUUGAAGCGGGCACUCUCUCUCACCGUGGCACACUCGCCCACUCGCACGCGAUUCCUCGCCCUCCUCGCUCGACCACCGCCCGCUCUCUCUCCCCGACACAGCCUCCAACCCGCUCACCCUCACACUCGCUCGAGGGGACUCGCACACUCGACUCACAACAUCAUGACCAUCACUGACCCCACCUACAAGCCACUCGCCCCGUAUGCGUUCGUCACAAAGCCUGGGUCAGCCAUCGACCACCUCGACAAGCAGGACUGGGACAUCGUGCAGGCAAGGGACGGGCUGCCGGCGUAUGCGGUGUACAGGAAGGACAUCGAGAAGAGCCAGAACGACGACCGCGUGUACAGGCUGAUCAUGCUCGAGAACGGCCUCGAGGCGCUAGUCGUCUCGGACCCCAAGACCGACAAGGCCGCCGCCGCAAUGGACGUCAAGGUCGGCCACUUGAGCGACCCCGAAGACUUGCCUGGUCUCGCGCAUUUCUGCGAGCACUUGAUGUUUAUGGGCACGGAGAAGUACCCGGCUGAGAACGACUACACCGAGUUCCUGACGCAACAUUCCGGCUCGUCGAACGCCUUCACGGGGAUGGACCAAACCAACUACUACUUCGACGUCGCGCCUCAACACCUCGCUCCCGCCCUCGACCGCUUCGCUCAAUUCUUCAUCUCGCCCUUGUUCGACCCCUCCUGCACCGAACGCGAAGCCAACGCCGUCCACUCGGAGAACUCGAAGAACUUGCAGAACGACAUGUGGCGGUUCUAUCAACUCGACAAGAGUACGAGUUCGAGGAGUCAUGCGUUUUGGAGGUUCGGCACGGGAAAUCGCGAGACGUUGUGGGAUGAGCCGAGGGCCAAGGGCGUCGAUGUCAGGCAGCGCUUGAUCGACUGGUGCGAGAAGCAUUACUCGGCCAACACGUGCAAGCUCGCCGUCGUCAGCAAGGACACGCUCGACGAGACCGUCAAGCUCGUCGUCUCUCAGUUCGCCUCCGUCCCAAACCGCCACAUCACGCCCCCCGAAUUUCCCGGUUCGCCCUUGACUUCCUCCGAAGUCGGCCGCACGCUCUUCAUCAAAUCCAUCCGCGACACUCGCUUCCUCGAACUCACUUUUCCCUUCCCCGAUGAGUCCGAGUUGUACGCGUCCAAGCCGGGCUCGUUCUUAAGUCACUUGAUUGGACAUGAGGGAAAGGGAAGCGUGUUGAGUCUGUUGAAGAAGAGGGGGUGGGCGAAUGGGAUGAGCGCAGGUGCGGGCAAUGGAGCGGCUGGGUUCGAGUUCUUCAAGGUUAGCGUCGAUUUGACCAAGGAGGGUCUCGAACACUACGAAGACGUCGCCGCCUCGAUCUUUGCCUACAUCUCUCUCCUGCGCUCCACGCCCCCCGCAGAAUGGGCCUUCCUCGAAGUCGCCCAACUCUCCCAACUCGCCUUCCGCUUCAAAGAGAAAUCCCCACCCUCGUCAACCGCCUCCCGCCUCGCAAUGAUCCUCUCCAAGCCCUACCCGAGGGACAAAGUCCUCUCCGCACCGUGGAUCUGUACCGAGUGGUAUCCCGCCAAGGUGGAGGAGUUUUUGGGACUCAUGACGCCGGACAAGUGUAGGAUUUUCGUGUCGGCUCAGGAGGAAAUCGAGGGGAGGAAGUACGAGUUGAGGGAGGAGUGGUACGGGACCGAGUACACCGUCGAGCGGAUGUCGGACAAGAUCCUCAAUUCUGGCAAGAGCGCGGACGAGUUCCCCGAACUUGCUCUGCCCGAACCGAACGCGCUUGUCCCGCAGAACCUUGAGAUCAAGAACAAGGUCGAGGCCCCCGAGCCGGCUCGACGACCGCUCAACUUGCGCAACACGCCCGUCUCGCGAGUGUGGCACAAGAAGGACGACCGGUGGUGGAUCCCUCGUGCCGGCGUCUUCUUCCUCUUCCGAUCCCCGCUCAUCGACUCGUCAGCCCUAACCGCCGUCCAAACCCGCCUCUUCACCGAACUCGUCCGCGACUCGCUCCAGGAAUACGCCUACGACGCCGAACUCGCCGGUUUGAGCUACAACUUUGAUCAGCAGGCGGAUGGGAUCCUCCUGAGUGCGGAUGGGUACAACGAUAAGUUGCCGUUACUGAUUGAGGUGAUCGUCAAGCGGAUGAAAGAGUACACGGUUGAUGAGAAGAGGUUUGCGAUUGUUGUCGAUAUGAUCCGGCGGAUGUACCAGAACUUCCGCCUCGAGCAGCCGUACCAGCACGUUGGAUUCGACGCGGCGCACCUGACGCAGGCCGUCUCGUACACCGUCGACGAGAAGCUCAAGGCGCUCGACCAAAUCACCCCCGCCAAUCUCCAAUCUCAUAUCGCCGCCCUCUUCUCCCGCAUGCACAUCGAGUCGCUCAUCCACGGCAACGUACUCCGCGACGAGGCGCUCGCGCUCGCCAAGACGGUCGAGGAGACGUUCAAGCCUGAGGCGCUGACGGUGGAGGAACUCAAGAGCAGGCAGGCGCUGAUCAUUCCCGAGGGGAAAUGGCUUGCCCGCCGCCCGGUCGACAACCCCGCGAACGCCAACUCGGCCGUCGAGCAGUUCACCUACGUGGGCGACAUCUACGACGACGUCUUGCGCGCCAAGCUCAGCUUGUUCGGCACGAUGGUCAGCGAGCCGUUGUUCGAUGACUUGCGAGCCAAGCAGCAGCUCGGUUACAUCGUCUCCUCCGGCGCACGCAAGUCAAUCGCCUAUAUGGGCCUGCGGGUCAUCGUCCAGUCGGAGCGCGACUCUGCGUUCGUCGAAUCCCGCAUCGACGCCUUCUGGGACGAGUACAAGACCAAGCUCGACGAGAUGAGCGACGAGGAAUUCGAGAAGUACAAGGCGACCGUCAUCAGCCGCAAGCUCGAAGACUUUAAGAACCUUUGGCAAGAGUCCAGCGCGAUGUGGAUCAACAUUCACGCCGGCUGGUACGACUUUGAGCAGCGCUUCCGCGACGCCGAACUCGUCAAGCAACUCUCGAAAUCCGACAUCACGUCCUUCUUCCGCACCUACUUCUUCGACACUCCCGAACGUCGCAUCCGCCGUCUCUCAGUCCACCUCGACUCGCAGCGCCUCACGGUCGAACAAUGCGCGUCGCUUGGCCCCGUGCUGGCGGAGAUGCAGGUCCAGGUCGACGCGGAGCAACUGGGACAGCUCGCGACGUCCAGGCCGACGGUGGAGCAGGCCAAGGCGUUUGCGGAGCAAUUCCUCCGUGCGCAGGGGAGGGGAGACGAGGAUGUCAAGAAGGUUGUCGAGGAGAUUGAGAAGCUUGGGAAGCCGAGGGCUCUCGAGGGGUACCAGGUCAUUGAGGAUAGGGAGCAGUGGAGGCAGCAGCAGGAGCGGGCGCCGCAUGCGCAUCCUGUCGCCGAGUACUCCGAUCUCUUCCCCGCCAAGCUGUAG